ACUGAUUUUAUAAUUUAUUUGGAAUGCAUAGAUCASAUUGGAUAUURAUAGUCAUUSAUUACUCGAAGACCAUGGUGUAUUCAAUCAACCCUUUGAGAAAUCGUCUGGACAAUGAUAUAAUGGAUGUCGUCAACCGGGCUUUGAAUAAGUGCAACAAAGUAAAGGUACAUUGGAAGUGUGUAAAGUGCCCAAGACAACCUGGCUCAACAGAAUGUGGGUAUUACGUUAUGCAGUUCAUGCGGGCCAUAGUAAACCAACAAAGCACUUCGAUCACAGAUGUAAUGAAACUUGAACCGAAAGAAUACACAAAAGAUGACAUAAACGUGUUGAGAAUGGAGUGGGUCGAGUUUGUUGGGUCCUACCUUACUUUUUCAUAAGAUGUGUAUUUACUUUUUUUGGCCGACCAUGAACUCAUGUUGCAUAUAAUAUUCUUUUUUGCUUGCACAUUGUUCGAGUUCAUGGUUGAUGCAUUGGUAGCAAYACUUUUGUCUCGCUUAUUUUUUGGAAUGCUGGCCACCUUAUACUUUCAUGACGAAGAGAAAAACUUUGGUGUGAGUUGUUAACUAUAUCACUGUUUAUUCAUUUGAAGGUGUAGUACUUAGAGUAAUCUGAAUAUUUAAAUUUUCUGGUAGGACUACUUCGUCAGACACACUACUUUGACGUAUCUAUUUUGUCAGACAAGAAAUUUUUGGUCGGCUUCGUAGCUUAACGCAUAUGCGGUAUUGUAUUAUU